AUGAAAUUGAUUUUUUCUUUUUUGGCAGUUGCCCUGCUUGGCUGUCUGGCUGAUGCUCAAAAUGUAAAGGAGCCCCAGCAGUGGCCAGCAACUCCCCCUAAAUUGAACCCACCUCAGCUUCCCCAGCAGCCCCAGCAGCCUCAGCAGCCUAAAGAGCCACAGUGGCCAAAGUUGCCUCAGAAUCCUUGGCAGGAUCAGCAGCCUAAACUGCCACAGAGGCAUCAGCUUCCCCAGCAGCCCCAGCAGCCUCAGCAGCCUAAAGAGCCACAGUGGCAAAAGUUGCCUGGGAAUCCUUGGCAUGAUCAGCUGCCUAAACUGCCACAGAGGCAUCAGCUUCCCCAGCAGCCCCAGCAGCCUCAGCAGCCUAAAGAGCCACAGUGGCAAAAGUUGCCUGAGAAUCCUUGGCAUGAUCAGCUGCAGAGGCAUCCGCUUCCCCAGCAGCCCCAGCAGCCAGCAACUGCCCCUAAAUGGAACCCCCCUCAGUAUCCUCAGCAGCCUCAGCAGCCCCACCAGCCUAAACAGCCACAGAGGCCUCAGCUGCCCCAGCAAACUUGUGAAGUUGCUGACAAUCAAAAGAUACAGUGUGGAGCUCCUGGAAUCUCUACUGAACAUUGUGAAGCUAUAAACUGCUGCUAUGGUGGACACAUGUGCUAUUAUGGAAAAUCUGUGACCCUUCAGUGCACCAAGAAUGGUCAAUUAAUCGUGGUGGUGGCCAAAGACGCCACCCUACCCAACCUCGAUUUAGAGACAGUUUCCUUCCUUGGUGGUGGCGAAACCUGCAAUCCUAUUGGCACUACUUCAGCCUUUGCCAUCUACCAGUUCCCUGUCACUUCCUGUGGCACUGUCAUGAUGGAGGAGCCUGGCGUUAUAAUCUAUGAGAACCGGAUGUCCUCCUUUUAUGAAGUCGCUAUUGGAUCCAACGGAGCCAUCACCAGGGACAGUCAAUAUGAGGUGCUUGUCCAGUGUAGAUACAUUGGCACCGCAAUUGAGGCUCUAGUUAUCGAGGUUGGCCUGCUUCCUCCACCACACCCAGUGGCAGCUCCAGGACCCCUGCGCGUGGAGCUAGUGCUGGCCAAUGGAGAGUGUUCAGUCAAGGGAUGUGUGGAAGAGGAGGUGGCCUACAACUCCUUUUACGUUGACUCUGACUACCCCGUCACAAAGGUUCUCAGAGACCCUGUGUAUGCGGAAGUCCAUAUACUGGAGAGGACUGAUCCCAACAUUAUAUUGACUCUUGGAAAAUGCUGGGCAACUUCUACUCCCUACCCUCAAAGUCUCCCUCAAUGGGACUUGCUGAUUGAUGGCUGCCCAUACCGUGAUGACCGCUAUCUGACUGCUCUGGUCCCUGUGGACGCUUCAUCAGGACUCAUGUACCCAACCCACCACAGGCGUUUUGUUUUCAAGAUGUUCACGUUUGUAUCCGGUGGAGGUGUAAAGCAAGCGGCUAUGAUUCCUCUCAACGAAAAGGUGUAUAUCCACUGUGAAGCAGCCGUGUGUCAACCGUCUGUCGGAGAUAAUUGUGAACCUAGGUGCUUCAGAAACAGGAGAGACGUUUCUGUCCAGAAAGGCUCUAGAGAAGAGACCACUGUGGUUAGCAGUAAGGAGCUGGUCUUCAUUCAGUAACAACAUUACAUUAUCCUGAAAUCUCUUUUUCAGAUGUUUUGUGAAAAGUGAUUGAGUUUCAAAUAA